AUGGAAGACUACAUUGUUUGGAUUUUGUGCUUUUUUUUUCUUUCAGGUGUCUUCAGUCAAGGAGGACAGGUUGACUGCAGUGAGUUCCGGGAUCCCAAGGUCUAUUGCACGCGGGAGUCUAAUCCCCAUUGUGGUUCUGAUGGCCAGACAUACGGCAAUCAAUGUGCCUUCUGUAAGGCGGUGGUGAAAAGUGGUGGGAAGAUCAACCUAAAGCACCAAGGAAAAUGCUGA